UAAAUAAGCGACGCAUUGGUCACGUGACCAAUACGCUCGUCGCUCAGCUCGGCACCCCAUUGGCUCCAAGUGGCAUAAAUUUCGCGCCUCGGGGUGUUUGCAGCAGACGACGGCGGAGCAGACGAUUGUGAACAGAGACGGACGUUUUCUUUUUCUCCGCGCGGCUAUAAACGAGACGAAAGGUUCAAUAGGUGAUCGUUGAGCAUGAUGGACCACGUCUACCAAACUCGUUCUCUGGGAGUUGGGAGCGAAGGAAUUCCGGACCAGUAUGCGGACGGAAGAGCUGCUAAGGUGUGGGAACUCUACAUCGGAGAACGCGAGAAGCGCACGGAUCACUACAAAAAGUUCCUCUCAAACAAACUACGAGAUCUCGGAUGCCAUCACAUUCUCGAUGUCGCAUGUGGUACAGGCGUUGACUCCGUGCUGCUGCUGGAAGAGGGCUUCAAGGUCACCAGCGUGGACGCCAGCGACCGCAUGCUGAAGUAUGCGCUCAAGAUCCGCUGGAACCGCAGGAACGAGAAAGUCUUCAAUGACUGGGUGAUCGAGGAGGCCAACUGGCUGACGCUCCCCGACGACCUGGUGAAACCGUCGUCGGGCGGCUUCGACGCGGUCAUCUGCCUCGGCAACUCGUUCAGCCAUCUGCCGGACGCACGCGACGCUCCCGGAAGCACCCACCGACGCGCCAUCGCCAACUUCCGUGAGAUGCUCAAGCCCGGCGGAUACUUGAUCAUCGACCACCGCAACUACGACCACAUCCUUGACCACGGCACGACGCCCACGCACAGCAUCUACUACAACAGUGACCACAUCAAGGACAUCCAGACUUCGGUUCUGUACGUGGACAGAAAACCCUGUAUGGUCAUCUUGGACUACGUCAUGGAUGUGUCCGCUUUGAAGAGCAAGUUCGACUGCACAGACAGCGAGUACAGCAAGAAAGGGCGACUAUCCGGAGAGCCGAUAAACAAUUUCCGGCUGUCGUACUACCCGCACAGGCUGUCGGACUUUACGAAACUCCUCGAAGAUGCCUUUGGCAAAGAGGCCCAACAUGAGAUCUACGGAGACUUCAAGCCACUGAGCAAUGAUUACACCCCAGCCUUUUACAUUCACAUAAUUCAGAAAGUCUGACGACGUGGUGCUAAGGAAUGUUUGAGAUGCACUGACUACGCUUAGUCAGUGAAGUGAGCAUGCACCCGUAAUUGCUAUUAUAUAGCAGAUCUCCAUAUCCUUUUGAAUCCGCACACAAAUGUGAUUAAAAGUGAGUAAAUGUA